AGCUGAUAGAAUUGACUUUUAAAUGAUGCUUUUGGAUGAUAAAUAUUUCAUAACGUUCAUUUGGAUUUGAUUUGGUUUCAUCUUGUUAAAUGUUUUACAUUUGGUAUUUUCCUUGCGUUGAUGUGGUGAAAUUUUUUGUGUUUUACUCGGUGGCAAAAUUUGUAUAGCCCUCGUGCCUUGAAUGAAACCCUCGCAACGCUCAAGAUUCCAUUUUUCGACCACUCGCUACGGUCGUGGUCCAAUUUUGGAAUGUUUUGCUUGCUCGUACCGUACCCGAGAUACCCGUAAACAGGAAAAUAGAUAAAUUUAUGAUCCCCCCACCCCUUAAGUCAAUUUAGCAUCAAAAAUUCGAUUGGCUCCCCUUCCUAAAUUAAUCUGUGAGUCAAAAGGAGUUGUGUGCAAAAGGAAGUUCCAUCGUCAUCACUCCCCGUAAAUCGCACUUUUUUGUCGUGAACACUACGAACUAUAACAUCUCGUCCAUCUACCUAUCACUCAGGUUCAAUUUUGGUUCCGGUUCCGUUUUUGGUUUCGAUUCCGAUAAACUAAACUGAAAACAUCUGUUUCCGUUUUCGGUUCCGAUAAAUCCAAAUCCGUUACAUCCUAGUGUUAAUUAGUGUGUAAUAUUUAAUUGUAAAACAUGCUGUGUACACUUGUUUCGUGCCAGAUUUAAGCCAUAAUGUGCAAUUGUAUUACCCACGUGCCAUAUCUGUUUAGUGUUCAUAAUAAAGUUAAAAAAAACGGUUAUUCACAACUACAAUCAACGAUGGCACAAAACAGAUAUCUGUUUUGUGACGAUGGCCACUCACAGAGGAUUAUAGACGAUUAUGGUCUCAACACUAUCGUGCAUGCCUGUACUCGCCCAUUAUGGGCCAAUGUGUAGACAAGCGUGGCGCGCAAGUACGUUGGGUUGGUACGCAUGUCAACUCUACACAAUCGCCAUCACCAACGAGUGUUCUCGCGCGGCCAUCGCCUGGCAGCCGUUGAGUAGUGAAAGCGUCGGUAAAUUUGUGUUUACGCGACUAAAAUGGUGUGGACGAAUGAAGAAACGGCUCUAUUCAUUGAAAUGUACCAAAACGAGCCAUGCAUUUGGAAUCCCAAACACCAGCAUCACAAGGAUAAAACAAAGGUGUAUGAUGCAUGGCUACGCAUUGCAAAUGCUAUGGGAGUAGAAGACGUGGUUGAGUUAAAAAAGAAAAAGGAAUCUCUCAUGACGGCUUUUCGAUCAAACCACAAGAAAGUCAUUGCAUCUCGCAUAUCUGGCGAAGAAAUAUACAAACCCACAUGGGUCUUUUACGAUGCUGUGGCGACUUUUUUGGCAGAUGUAUACGAUGGCAAGCACACACUUACUUCAGAUGAACGUAUUGAACCUAAUGGCAACAGCGAAGGUGACGGUGAUACAACAAUAAGAGCUUUGCACAAACGUCCCAAUAGUUUUAUCAACAAUGUUCUUAAAAAUUAUUCUAGCCCUGUCCGAAAAUUCUCUUCAGAACCUCCAGAAAAGCGCAAAAAUUUAGAAACUCCUAUUAGCAAGUCCAGUAAAAUACGAAGUCACGAUGAGAGAAAUAAUACUGACACUACCCUUAAACAAACGGACGAAUUUCAGAUAUAUGGGUUGUAUGUUGCUAGCCAGUUGAAUUCGCUUUCCGAGAAACAAAGCCUUAUAGCCAGAGAAAAAAUCCAGUCAAUAUUAACUCAAUGCAGAUUGGAAGAUUUAAGGAAGAGAAAAAAAAUACAAUCAAGUAAAAACGGGAAUAGUUUUCACUCAGAGGAUGGAAUAAAAAACGUACAGUUUGUUUUAUGUGAAGGGAGUGAUAAUGAUAAAUACAAAAGUAAAUUUUCAUCCACAAAUCUAAAUUCUGCAAAUCAUUUAGAAGUUGAAACUGACAUACUAGAAGAUAACUUUAUAAUGCAUGUUGAAGAUAUAAAGGGCGAAGGAAACGAUGACGAAGAGCAACGCACCGACAGUGACGAAUAAACAAGAGUAACAAAGUAUGUACUUCAUGAAAUUUCGAUUUCCUGAAAUUACGCUGGAUUAUUGUCUGGGUUUUUGGGUCAGUUUUGACGCUAACUCGAACGCUGAAUGUACAAAAUGUUCUAGUUUUGAUUAACAACAGUAUUGCAACAAUAUUAAUUUGUUAUUGAGUGCUUUCAUAAUUUUUUAUUAAGAAUAAAAACCACACAAUGGGAUCUUUGGCUUUGAAUUC